AUGGAGAUCGGAGCGGAGCCUCUGGCCGAAGACGAGUCCGUUAUCGGGCUAUCAAACCCGUCCCGAGAAAUUGGCGACAGCGAAGAAAAUCUAUGGCGCCAACUCGUCCCCCACAAACACCCUUGGAAAAUACGCUCUGUCAAAAAGUCUCCUGCCAUGGCGCUCCCACCUAAGAUUCUCAUUGUGGGAGGAGGAGUCUUCGGACGGAGCGCCACCCCCGGAUCCCAGAUCACACUGGUCGAAUCCUCACCGACAAUCCCCAACCCGCACGGUUCGUCCGUCGACACAUCACGGAUCGUGCGGGCUGACUACGCCAAUGCGGCGUACUCCAAGCUCGCUGCCACUGCCAUCAAGCAAUGGCGCAGUACGGAGUGGGGACGUGAAGGUCGGUACACGCAGAACGGUCUCUUGCUCGUGUAUCCGGCCGACAGCGUCAGUGCAAAGGAGUACGCGCGCAAGAGCUACAACAACGUUCGCCGGAUCGAGGGUGACAAUGUUGUCUUCCUCCCCACUCAGAAAGAUGUGCUGUCUGUUGUGCCGCCUUACGGCGAGGAGCUGGAUGUUGCGGGUGGCUAUGUGAAUUGGGGUUCGGGGUGGUCUGAUGCUGGCGCCAGUGUGAAAUUUGCAAAGGAGAUGCUGGACCGGGAUGGACAGGUGAACUUCGUGCACAAGAAUGUGGAGCGUGUACUCUUCCAUGAGGCUGGCAAUGGCAAGCCGCGCGCAACAGGCGUCGGAUUGGCAGAUGGAACAACCCUCACGGCGGACCUGGUCGUUGUGGCGACAGGGGCAUGGACACCUCGACUGGUUGAUCUGCGCGGCAAGGCUGUGGCGACAGGCCAGGCGAUCGCCUAUAUCAAAAUCAGUGAUGAGGAGCAGCGGGAACUGGAGGAUCUGCCUACCAUCUUGAACUUCGCUACUGGCAUCUUUAUUAUCCCGCCUCGUGACAACCUUCUCAAGAUCGCCCGUCAUGCUUAUGGCUACCGUAACCCGACGACGGUGCCGGUGCCUGGAUCCGAUAAGUCGACGGAGACCAUGCAGGUCAGUCUGCCUCAGACGGACAUCCCAGUGCCGCUCGAGGGUGAAGAGGCCUUCCGCGAAGCGCUGAAGCAACUGCUGCCCCGGUUUGUGAACCGGCCAUUUGCUGAUACCAGGAUCUGCUGGUACACUGAUACUCCCGAUGGCGAUUUCAUUGUCUCAUACCACCCUGAAUACGACGGUCUUUUCCUGGCGACAGGUGGCAGCGGACACGCGUACAAAUUUUUCCCCGUUCUGGGAGACAAGGUUGUCGAUGCGAUUGAGGGCACCUUGGACCCCGAGUUGCAAAAGCUGUGGCAGUGGACAGAGGUGAAAAAGCUCCCCCCUGGUGUGAAUGUGGAUGACCUCUUCGACGGGGAUGGCAGCCGAUCCGGGGCAAGGAACUCGAACUUGCAAGAGGAGUUGGCCAAGACGAAGAAGGCUGGCCGGGGGAGUGUACUUUGA